GAUCAUGACUCUACUCUUGAGCAUUCACACACAACAACAGUACUAACUACGUCAGUGAUAGUAUGGAGAGGAAAGUAAGCUUUGGUGGGGUGUUGUUGUUCAUGCUCUUCAUUCUCUUGGCUUCAAAAGAGACGGUGUUGGGAGUAGAAGGAAGGGUGUGCGAGUCGAAGAGCCAUCACUUCAAGGGUCCAUGCGUGUCUGAUCACAACUGCGCCACCGUUUGUAGGACGGAAAGAUUCUCCGGUGGAAAUUGCCGGGGCUUUCGUCGCCGCUGUUUCUGCUCCAGGCGAUGCUGAAUCUGAUGAUAUUCUGAUGAGGACUGAGGAGAUCAUAAAUCAUUAUUCUCUACCUACCUAGCUACUACUGUUUCUCUCUUUUUUUUUUGCCUUGACGAUCGAUCGAGAUCAGUAGUGAAUAAUAAAUGAAAAUGUAUGGUCUCAUCUAUGAAUGAACUGGUGUCUAUCUCUCCCUCUCUCUAAUCAUGUCGGUUUCUCACAUAAUUUGUCGUUUCUCACCCA